AUGAAACCAUUAGAGAAGGACAGUUCUGGUUUCCCAGACCCAGAUUAUGCCCAUCUCUCCGUCCUGUCCUUAUCACUGUUCUCUAUCCAGUUGGUGGCCCACUGCCCGCCAGACCUGCCCCCCUCAGUCCUGACCCCCCUGCUAACAGAGCCAGCCCUCACCCUGCUCAGCCAGGUGGUCACCCCAGAGGAAGACCGGCUGUGGAGGGCCCUUGGAGACAGCUGGAACGUCCCCAGGUCAGAGGCCUUUAAACCCCCUAUUACAACUUCCAGUGUCCCCUAUCUCCCCCUCUGACUACCCCCCCCCCCCCCCCCUCUGACUACCCCUACCCCCCCCUCUGACUACCCCUAUCCCCCUUAACAACCCCUACCCUCUCUGACUACCCCUACCCCCUCUGACUACCCCAUCCCCCCCUCUUACUAUCCCUAUGCCCCUCUGACUACCCCUAUCCCCCCCUCUGACUAACCCAUAUCCCCCCCUAUGACUACCCCUAUCCCCCCUCUGACUACCCCUAUCCCCCCCUCUGACUACCCCUAUCCCCCCCUCUGACUACCCCUAUCCCCCCUCUGACUACCCCUAUCCCCCCCUCUGACUACCCCUAUCCCCCCCUCUGACUACCCCUAUCCCCUCCUCUGACUACCCCUAUCCCCUCCUCUGACUACCCCUAUCCCCCCUCUGACUACCCCUAUCCCCCCCUCUUACUAUCCCUAUGCCCCUCUGACUACCCCUAUCCCCCCCUCUGACUACCCCUAUCCCCCCCUCUGACUACCCCUAUCCCCCCCUCUUACUAUCCCUAUGCCCCUCUGACUACCCCUAUCCCCCCCUCUGACUACCCCUAUCCCCCCCUCUGACUACCCCUAUCCCCCCUCUGACUACCCCUAUCCCCCCAUCUGACUACCCCAAUCCCCCCCUCUGACUACCCCUAUCCCCCCCUCUGACUACCCCUAUCCCCCCUCUGACUACCACUAUCCCCUCCUCUGACUACCCCUAUCCCCCCCUCUGACUACCCCUAUCCCCCCUCUGACUACCCCAUCCCCCCCUCUGACUACCCCUAUCCCCCUCUGACUACCCCUGUCCCCCUCUGACUACCCCUAUCCCACCUUCUGACUACCCCUAUCCCCCCUCUGACUACCCCUAUCCCCCCCUCUGACUACCCCUAUCCCCCCCUCUGACUACCCCUAUCCCCCCCUCUGACUACCCCUAUCCCCCUCUCUGACUACCCUAUCCCCCCCUCUGACUACCCCAUCCCCACCUCUGACUACCCCUAUCCCCCCCUCUGACUACCCCUAUCCCCCCCUCUGACUACCCCUAUCCCCCCCUCUGACUACCCCUAUCCCCCUCUGACUACCCCUAUCCCCCCUCUGACUACCCCUAUCCCCCCUCUGACUACCCCUAUCCCCCUCUGACUACCCCUAUCCCCCUCUGACUACCCCUAUCCCCCCUCUGACUACCCCUAUCCCCCCCUCUGACUACCCCUGUCCCCCUCUGACUACCCCUAUCCCCCUUAACUACCCCUACCCCCUCUGACUACCCAUAUCUCCACCUUAACUACCCAUAUCUCCCCCUCUGACUACCCCUACCACCUCUGACUAAUCCAUCCCCCUUACAUUUACAUUUACAUUUUAGUCAUUUAGCAGACGCUCUUAACCAGAGCGACUUACAGGAGCAAUUAGGGUUAAGUGCCUUGCUCAAGGGCACAUUAACGUCAUUUAGCAGACGCUCUUAGCCAGAGCGACUCACAAAUUGGUGCGUUCACCCUAUAGCCAGUGGGAUAACCACUUUACAAUUUGGGGGGGGGGGGGGGGGUUAGAAGGAAUACUUUAGCCUAUCCCAGGUAUUCCUUAAAGAGGUGGGGUUUCAAAUGUCUCCGGAAGGUGGUGAGUGACUCCGCUGUCCUGGCGUCGUGAGGGAGCUUGUUCCACCAUUGGGGUGCCAGAGCAGCGAACAGUUUUGACUGGGCUGAGGGGGAGCUGUGCUUCCGCAGAGGAAGGGGAGCCAGCAGGCCAGAGGUGGAUGAACGCAAUGUCCUCGUUUGGGUGUAGGGACUGAUCAGAGCCUGAAGGUACAGGGGUGCCGUUCCCCUCACUGCUCCAAAGGCAAGCACCAUGGUCUUGUAGCGGAUGCGAGCUUCAAUUGGAAGCCAGUGGAGUGUGCGGAGGAGGGGGGUGACGUGAGAGAACUUGGGAAGGUUGAACACCAGACGGGCUGCGGCAUUCUGGAUGAGUUGUAGGGGUUUAAUGGCACAGGCAGGGAGCCCAGCCAACAGCGAGUUGCAGUAGUCCAGACGGGAGAUGACAAGUGCCUGGACCAGGACCUGCGCCGCUUCCUGUGUAAGGCAGGGUCGCACUCUCCGAAUGUUGUAGAGCAUGAACCUGCAGGAGCGGGUCACCGCCUUGAUGUUGGCGGAGAACGACAGGGUGUUGUCCAGGGUCACGCCUAGGCUCUUCGCACUCUGGGAGGAGGACACAGCGGAGUUGUCUACCGUGAUGGCGAGAUCAUGGAACGGGCAGUCCUUCCCGGGGAGGAAGAGCAGCUCCGUCUUGCCAGGGUUCAGCUUGAGGUGGUGAUCCGUCAUCCAUACUGAUAUGUCUGCCAGACAUGCAGAGAUGCGAUUCGCCACCUGGUGAUCAGAAGGGGGAAAGGAGAAGAUUAGUUGUGUAUCGUCAGCGUAGCAAUGAUAGGAAAGGCCAUGUGAGGAUAUGACAGAGCCAAGUGACUUGGUGUAUAGGGAGAAAAGGAGAGGGCCCAAAACCGAUCCCUGGGGGACACCAGUGGUGAGAGCACGUGGUGCGGAGACAGCUUCCCGCCACGCCACUUGGUAGGAGCGACCGGUCAGGUAGGACGCAAUCCAGGAGUGAGCCGCGCCGGAGAUGCCCAUUUCGGAGAGGGUGGAGAGGAGGAUCUGAUGGUUCACAGUAUCAAAGGCAGCAGACAGAUCUAGAAGGACAAGAGCAGAGGAGAGAGAGUUAGCUUUAGCAGUGCGGAGAGUCUCUGUGACACAGAGAAGAGCAGUCUCAGUUGAAUGACCAGUCCUGAAACCUGAUUGGUUUGGAUCAAGAAGGUCAUUCUGAGAGAGAUAGCAAGAGAGUUGGCUAAAGACGGCACGCUCAAUAGUUUUGGAAAGAAAAGAAAGAAGGGAUACUGGUCUGUAGUUGUUGACAUCAGUGGGGUCGAGUGUUGGUUUUUUGAGAAGGGGAGUAACUCUCGCUCUCUUGAAGACGGAAGGGACAUGGCCAGCGGUCAAGGAUGAGUUGAUCAGCGAGGUGAGGUAGGGGAGAAGGUCACCGGAGAUGGUCUGGAGAAGGGAGGAGGGGAUGGGGUCAAGCGGGCAGGUUGUUGGGCGGCCUGCAGUCACAAGUCGCAGGAUCUUAUCUGGAGAGAGAGGGGAGAAAGAAGUCAAAGCAUAGGGUAGGGCAGUGUGAGCAGGACCAGCAGUGUCAUUAGGCUUAACAAACAAGGAUCGGAUGUCGUCAACCUUCUUUUCAAAGUGGUUGACGAAGUCAUCCACAGAGAGAGAGGAGGGGGGGAGGGGGGGGGGGAGGAUUCAGGAGGGAGGAAAAUGUGGCAAAGAGCUUCCUAGGGUUAGAGGCAGAUGCUUGGAAUUUAGAGUGGUAGAAGGUGGCCUUAGCAGCAGAAACAGAUGAAGAAAAUGUAGAGAGGAGGUAGUGAAAAGAUGCCAGGUCGGCAGGGAAUUUAGUUUUCUUCCAUUUCCGCUCCGCUGCCCGGAGCUCUGUUCUGUGAGCUCGCAAUGAGUCAUCAAGCCACGGAGCUGGAGGGGAGGACCGAGCCGGCCGUGAGGAUAGGGGACACAGAGAGUCAAAGGAUGCAGAAAGGGAGGAGAGGAGGGUUGAGGAGGCAGAAUCAGGAGAUUGGAGGGAGAAGGAUUGAGCAGAGGGAAGAGAUGAUAGGAUGGAAGAGGAGAGAGUAGUGGGAGAGAGAGAGCGAAGGUUGCGGCGGCGCAUUACCAUCUGUGUAGGGGCAGAGUGAGUAGUGUGGGAGGAGAGUGAGAGAGAAAAGGAAACAAAGUAGUGGUCGGAGACUUGGAGGGGAGUUGCAGUGAGAUUAGUAGAGGAGCAGCAUCUAGUGAAGAUGAGGUCAAGCGUAUUGCCUGCCUUGUGAGUAGGGGGGGAUGGUGAGAGGGUGAGGUCAAAAGAGGAGAGGAGUGGAAAGAAGGAGGCAGAGAGAAAUGAGUCAAAUGUGGACAUAGGGAGGUUGAAAUCCCCCAAAACUGUGAGGGGUGAGCCAUCCUCAGGGAAGGAACUUAUCAAGGCGUCAAGCUCAUUGAUGAACUCUCCAAGGGAACCUGGAGGGCGAUAGAUGACAAGGAUAUUAAGCUUAAAUGGGCUAGUGACUGUGACAGCAUGGAAUUCAAAUGAGGAGAUAGACAGAUGGGUUAGGGGAAAAAUUGAGAAUGUCCACUUGGGAGAGAUGAGGAUUCCUGUACCACCACCCCUCUGACCAGAUGCUCUCGGGGUAUGCGAGAACACAUGGUCAGACGAGGAGAGAGCAGUAGGAGUAGCGGUGUUUUCAGUGGUGAUCCAUGUUUCCGUCAGCGCCAGGAAGUCGAGGGACUGGAGGUUGGCAUAGGCUGGGAUGAAGUCAGCUUUGUUGGCAGCAGAACGGCAGUUCCAGAGGCUGCCUGCGACCUGGAACUCCACGUGGGUGGUGCGUGCAGGGACCACCAAAUUGGAGAGGCAGCAGCCACGCGGUGUGGUGCGUUUGUGUAGCCUGUGCAGAGAGGAGAGAACAGGGAUAGGCAGAGGCAUAGUUGACAGGCUGUAGCAAAUGGCUACAAAAAUGCAGAGGAGAUCGGAAUGAAAUGGGCUAAGCAUCUGGGAGUGGAGAGAGCAGGGCCUCCCUCACCAAAUCUUCUAGCUCGGAAACUAAAAUUGUUUCACUGAACCACCCGAACAAAAACUCUCCCAACUUCCGCCUUUGGAAAUCAGAAUUGUUGUGAACCACAGCGGUUCAAUGUUUAAAGGAGUAGACUCAACCCACUUUGUUCAGCUAGCCAACUAUGACUCCAUAGCCAACUAGCAGACUAGCAUCCAAUAACAAUAACACACCGUUUAGCGCCAACACUUGGUCACAACAAACCACCAAUAUUGUGAUAUCACACUAAACAGAUCAUUCGUGUCUGUGUCAAGUUCCUUAUAUGACGCAGCAAUGAUUAGACGUUGGCUAGCUAGGACAAGUAAAUUGUGGUUAGCUACUACAGUACAGCCAAAUGGUCAUGUUGGGUAGCUAGCAAUGGCCACUGUGUCGACUCUGUUUGAAGAACGGCUAGCUAGCUAGCUUCGUGCUACAGCUGGCACGGCCGAGGACACUGCCAAGACACAGUAACUACCCACAACAACCCACGAAGCCUAGCUAUGACGCCGUAGCCAACCUGCAAGCUAGCAUCCAUUAACACACAACUUAGCAUCAACACCUGGCCACAACAAACUGCCAAGAGUGUGUUGUGGCCAAGGACAUUUCUAAGUGACCCCAAACUUUUGAACGGUAGUGUAAUACUGUAUUCUAUUCUACUGUAUUUUAGUCAAUGCCACUCCGACAUUGCUCGUCCUAAUAUUUAUAUAUUUCUUAAUUCCAUUCUUUUACUUUUAGAUUUGCGUGUAUUGUUGUGAAUUGUUAGAUACUACUGCACUGUUGGAGCUAGGAACAAAAGCAUUUCCCUACACCCACGAUAACAUCUGCUAAAUAUGUAUGUGACCAAUACAAUUUGAUUUGAUUUAACGUAACAACAUGUGGAAAAAGUCAAGGGGUCUGAAUACUUUCUGAAUGCACUGUAUGUAUGUAUCAAGGUGACAUCUAGAUGGUUAUCAAUAUUAGUUAUUUCUUGUGUAGGCUACUUUCUACUUGAAAUAAUGUUAGAGAAAAAAUUUUGCCAUGUAGUUACCGCCGGCGACACUUCCAUGAUACCCAGUAGGAAGCGCUUCAAGUCGGCAAGCAGAACACCGGAGUACUGGUCGCCGGUUUACUAUCGACUCGUAGUGCAGCCCAAUCAGCCACGCAAAACGGUCUUGAGUGGCAACAAAUCUACACAAUUAGCUGAUUCGGUUUCCAUACACCCACACCUUCCGACACACCCACUCGCCCAUACUCCGGUUGCCAUAGUGGGCUGCAGCGACCCAUUUUAACUACCCCUACUCCCCCGACCACCCCAUCCCCCCCUCUGACUACCCUAUCCCCCCCCUCUGACUACCCCUAUCCCCCCUCUGACUACCCCUAUCCCCCUCUGACUACCCCUAUCCCCCUCUGACUACCCCUAUCCCCCCCUCUGACUACCCCUAUCCCCCCUCUGACUACCCCUAUCCCCCUCUGACUACCCCUAUCCCCCUCUGACUACCCCCAUCCCCCUUAACUACCCCUACUCCCCCGACCACCCCAUCCCCCCCUCUGACUACCCUAUCCCCCCCUCUGACUACCCCUAUCCCCCCUCUGACUACCCCUAUCCCCCCUCUGACUACCCCUACUCCCCCCCUCUGACUACCCCUAUCCCCUCCUCUGACUACCCCCAUCCCCUUAACUACCCCUACCCCCCGACCACCCCCAUCCCCCCCUCUGACUACCCAUAUCCCCCUCUGACUACCCCUAUCCCCCCCCUCUGACUACCCCUAUCCCCCUCUGACUACCCCUAUCCCCCCCCUCUGACUACCCCUAUGCCCCUCUGACUACCCCAUCCCCCUCUGACUACCCCCCCUCUGACUACCCCUAUCCCCCCCUCUGACUACCCCCUAUCCCUCCCUCUGACUACCCCUAUCCCCCCUCUGACUACCCAUAUCCCCCUCUGACCUAAUCCUAUCCCCCCUCUGACUACCCCUAUCCCCCCCUCUUACUAAUCCUAUCCCCCCUCUGACUACCCCUAUCCCCCCUCUGACUACCCCCCCCACCCCCCCCCCUCUCUGACUACACCUAUCCCCCCCACUGACUACCCCUAUCCCCCCCUCUGACUACCCCCAUCCCCCCCUCUGACUACCCCCAUCCCCCCCCUCUGACUACCCCUAUCCCCCCUCUGACUACCCCUGUCCCCCUCUGACUACCCCUAUCCCCCCUCUGACUACCCCUAUCCCCCUCGAACUACCCCUGUCCCCCCCUCUGACUACCCCUGUCCCCCUUCUGACUACCCCUAUCCCCCCCUCUGACUACCCCAUCCCCCCCCUCUGACUACCCCCAUCCCCCUCUGACUACCCCUAUCCCCCCUCUGACUACCCCUAUCCCCCCCUCUGACUACCCUAUCCCCCCCCUCUGACUACCCCUAUACCCCCUCUGACUACCACUAUCCCCCCUCUGACUACCCCUAUCCCCCCCUCUGACUACCCCUAUCCCCCCCUCUGACUACCCCUAUCCCCCUCUGACUACCCCUAUCCCCCCUCUGACUACCCCUAUCCCCCCCUCUGACUACCCCUAUGCCCCUCUGACUACCCCUACUCCCCCAACUACCCCAUCCCCCCCUCUGACUACUCCUAUCCCCCCCCUGACUACCCCUAUCCCCCCUCUGACUACCCCAUAUCCCCCUCUGACUACCCCUAUCCCCCCUCUGACUACCCCUAUCCCCCCCUCUGACUACCCCCAUCCCCCCCUCUGACUACCCCCCAUCCCCCCCUCUGACUACCCCCCAUCCCCCCCUCUGACUACCCCUACUCUCCCGACUACCCCUAUCCCCCCCCUGACUACCCCUACUCUCCCGACUACCCCAUCCCCCCCUCUGACUACCCCUAUCCCCCCUCUGACUACCCCUAUCCCCCCCUCUGACUACCCCUAUCCCCCCCUCUGACUACCCCUAUCCCCCCCUCUGACUACCCCUAUCCCCCCUCUGACUACCCCUAUCCCCCUCUAACUACCCCUAUCCCCCCUCUGACUACCCCCAUCCCCCCCUCUGACUACCCCUAUCCCCCCCUCUGACUACCCCUAUCCCCCCCUCUGACUACCCCUAUCCCCCCCUCUGACUACCCCUAUCCCCUCUGACUACCCCUAUCCCCCCCUCUUGACUACCCUAUCCCCCUCUCUGACUACCCCUAUCCCCCUCUGACUACCCCUAUCCCCCCCUCUGACUACCCCCCCUUGACACCAUCCCCCCUCUGACUACCCCUAUUCCCCCCCUCUGACUACCCCCUAUCCCCCCCUCUGACUACCCCUAUCCCCCCUCUGACUACCCUAUCCCCCCCUCUGGACUACCCCUAUCCCCCCUCUGACUACCCCAUCCCCCCCUCUGACUACCCCUAUCCCCCCCUCUGACUACCCCCUAUCCCCCCCUCUGACUACCCCUAUCCCCCCCUCUGACUACCCCCACCCCCCCCUCUGACUACCCCUAUCCCCCCUCUGACUACCCUAUCCCCCUCUGACUACCCCUAUCCCCCCUCUGACUACCCCCCAUCCCCCCCUCUGACUACCCUAUCCCCCCUCUGACUACCCCCACCCCCCCCCUCUGACUACCCCUAUCCCCCCCUCUGACUACCCCUAUCCCCCUCUGACUACCCCUAUCCCCCUCUGACUACCCCUAUCCCCCCCUCUGACUACCCCUAUCCCCCUCUGACUACCCCUAUCCCCCCCUCUGACUACCCCUAUCCCCCCUCUGACUACCCCUAUCCCCCCCUCUGACUACCCCUAUCCCCCUCUGACUACCCCUAUCCCCCCCUCUGACUACCCCUAUCCCCCUCUGACUACCCCUAUCCCCCUCUGACUACCCCUAUCCCCCCCUCUGACUACCCCUAUCCCCCUCUCUGACUACCCCUAUGCCAGGGUCAUUAACAAGUCAUAAGAGAUUUUCAUAACCUUCUGCAUAAAUGGAGUUAAAAAAAUGACUUGGUUGUUGAGUGGUCCGACUAGCUCAAUUAGCGGCUAUGACUUGAGCAAAGGUCAAAAGAUACGCAUCUAUAAUGUCUAACAACUAGCAGCAUGCCAAAUAAACAAUUUGGUUCCUAUAGUAACAGAUAUCUGGGUUGGUUUACUUGUAAGGUACAGCAUUUAACCAGACCUGGGUUCAAAUAGUAUUUGUUUUCUAUCAAUUACUUAGAAGUUUGAUUGAGCCAGCCUGGUUUGCAGGGUCAGCAACUAGACAGCGUUGUGAUUGGUUUUCAGUAGGAGGUGUUCAUUGGUUUCCUGUGUGUUUGUUUUACCAGGUCCAAAUGGCCAGAUGGUCACAUGAUCCCACCCUACCACCCAGAAUUCUAUGAUGGUUGGCAGCUGCCCAUGCCUGUGCCACCGGCAGCCAAUCAGGGCCUGAGCAGGAGCAACAGCCAGCACUUCCCCCCCAGAGAGGAAAUUAUGCAACAGAUGCCUGAUGAGGUAAAAAAAUAAAAAAAAAUAAACAAUUAACAAAUUCUAAAGAUAUGCCAUAUGCAUUUCAAUAUUUUGUUAAAGCAGUGAAAGGCCUGAAUCCUAAUUCGAACUACAGUUAAAUGUAUCACAUUUUUGCUCCAAUCUGCCCAUGACAUUAAUCAUGAUUUCCACAAAAUUCAAAGUUAUGUGCGGUUUUCUGAAAUCAGGAUUCAGCCUUAAGAAGCAUUUGUUAUACAGUAUAUCAGGGAUAUCCAAAUCUUACCCUGAAGAUCCGGAGUACUGCUGGUUGUCUGUUCUACCUGAUCAUUAAUUGCACCCACCUGGUGUCUCAGGUCUAAAUCCCUCCCUGAUUAGAGGGGAUGAAUGGGAAGAAAAAAAAGCAUUGAAUUUGAGGGCUAGCCCAAUGUUAUGAGGAGUUUCUCUUUGAUCUCGUACUUCAGGAUGUAAGAGAAUAUUUAAACACUUAGAUGGAGAGUUGAUUCAUAGUUAUUUAAUUGUUGCAGUACUGGAUUUCAUAUGACAGGCGGUACGGGCUUAGCCUCUUGUCAUCCGAAUGACUUGCAUAGAAGAAUCUCUCAGUUUAUAUAAUGCUUCCCGAGCUACUUCCAUCCCACAGUUGCCAACCAUUAUUGAGUGUCACUCAUCUCCUACAAUAGGAUCCCCCUACAUGGUAUCGUGUGGCACCAUAGCCCUUCCACCACGUACUCCUUCUAAGAUUAGCACAAGUGGCCCCCCAAUCUAUCUUGGCACGCCGACCUUCUCACAAGUGGCCCCCCCAAUCUAUCUUGGCACGCCGACCUUCUGUCACCCACCAGUGACAUCACUAACACAUGGCGUGCCCUUGUCCUCUCUAUAUGAGAUCAACGACAUUAACCAAUACUGUAUAAUAUACGCCAUGUGUUAGUGAUGUCACGGAUGGGUGACAGAAGGUCGGCGUGCCAAGAUAGAUUGGGGGCCACUUGUGAGAAGGUCGGCGUGCCAAGAUAGAUUGGGGGCCACUUGUGAGAAGGUCGGUGUGCCAAGAUAGAUUGGGGGCCACUUGUGAGAAGGUCGGCGUGCCAAGAUAGAUUGGGGGCCACUUGUGAGAAGGUCGGCGUGCCAAGAUAGAUUGGGGGCCACUUGUGAGAAGGUCGGCGUGCCAAGAUAGAUUGGGGGCCACUUGUGCUAAUCUUAGAAGGAGUACGUGGUGUAAGGGCCUGGCUAUGGUAUAUGUCACCUAUAUAUCAUGAUCUUACUGUAAUCCCUCUGUCCUCUCAGGGCAGGAGCAACAGCCAUUACAUACAGCGGCCUGAGGAGGUAAGACUGACUGGGACAAGUCCAUCCAACAUCCAUUAAACUCUAUCUUAUUGUUGCAAUAUAGAUUUCUAAUUUCUUUCUUUUUGUGACCUUCAUCACAGCCCAUGAUGAAUUCUCCACCACCUUCACAUCCCAUGAUGAACUCUCCACCACCUUCACAUCCCAUGAUGAACUCUCCACCACCUUCACAGCCCAUGAUGAACUCGCAGUGGAAUUCUCCACCACCUUCACAGCCCAUGAUGAACUCGCAGUGGAAUUCUCCUCCACCUUCACAGCCCAUGAUGAAUUCUCCACCACCUUCACAUCCCAUGAUGAACUCGCAAUGGAAUUCUCCACCACCUUCACAGCCCAUGAUGAACUCGCAAUGGAAUUCUCCACCACCUUCACAGCCCAUGAUGAACUCGCAGUGGAAUUCUCCUCCACCUUCACAGCCCAUGAUGAAUUCUCCACCACCUUCACAGCCCAUGAUGAACUCGCAGUGGAAUUCUCCACCACCUUCACAGUAAGCUAGAGCAUCACUAAAAACAGCUAUACUGUUUGAUGAUAUCCUCCAGUGGCGAUUUUAGCAUGUACAUCUUGGUGGUGCAAACUACACAACACAGCACUAAACAAUACAUGAAUUGCACUAAAACGGUGACAAACGGUGCCCACAAACUGUCAGGGCCUACAUAAAGCUGUUCCAACACCUUACCACUGCUACAUCUGGCUAUCAGCGGAGCCUUGUCUGGCAGCGAAACAGUCAAUUCAGCCUCAUUUACUGCCUUAAAAAAAAAACAUAGCUGAUAUGGCUGACUUGCUUAAACAAAUGUGGUUCCUACUGACAAUUGAGAUGUACAAACUAUGGCAUAAAAAUUUUAGCUAAACAGGUGUGGCUCACCUGCCCUGAAUGACGGGUCGCCACUGAUAUCCUCAGUAAUUCCAUAGUGUGUAAAAAUCAUUGUACUGUAUCACAUUUUCUUAGAGGCCCUUUUCAUUGCUAUAACAUUGUAAUUAUAUAGCUAUUCUAUUGCUAUUACAUUGUUACUACAUUGUGUUGCUCCGUCUCCUUUGCAUUGAUAUUACAUAGUUACUACAUUGUGUUGCUCCGUCUCCUUUGCAUUGAUAUUACAUAGUUACUACAUUGCUAUAACAUUGUUAAUCUCCUUUCCCACCCCAGUGAGCCGGCCCCAGUGAGGAUGCGUGUGAUCUAUGACUUCGUGGCCAGGAACCACCAGGAGCUGAGCAUUAUGAAGGGAGAGGUGGUCCAGGUGGGUUAGGGUUGGGGUUGAACCACCAGGAGCUGAGCAUUAUGAAGGGAGAGGUGGUCCAGGUGGGUUAGGGUUGGGGUUUGGGUUGAACCACCAGGAGCUGAGCAUUAUGAAGGGAGAGGUGGUCCAGGUGGGUUGGGGUUUGGGUUGAACCACCAGGAGCUGAGCAUUAUGAAGGGAGAGGUGGUCCAGGUGGGUUAGGGUUGGGGUUUGGGUUGAACCACCAGGAGCUGAGCAUUAUGAAGGGAGAGGUGGUCCAGGUGGGUUGGGGUUUGGGUUGAACCACCAGGAGCUGAGCAUUAUGAAGGGAGAGGUGGUCCAGGUGGGUUAGGGUUGGGGUUUGGGUUGAACCACCAGGAGCUGAACAUUAUGAAGGGAGAGGUGGUCCAGGUGGGUUGGGGUUUGGGUUGAACCACCAGGAGCUGAGCAUUAUGAAGGGAGAGGUGGUCCAGGUGGGUUGGGGUUUGGGUUGAACCACCAGGAGCUGACAUUAUGAAGGGAGAGGUGGUCCAGGGGGUUGGGUUGGGGUUUGGGUUGAACCACCAGGAGCUGAACAUUAUGAAGGGAGAGGUGGUCCAGGUGGGUUAGGGUUGGGUGUUGAACCACCAGGAGCUGAACAUUAUGAAGGGAGAGGUGUCCAGGGGGUGGGGUUGGUUGAACACCAGGAGUGAACAUUAUGAAGGGAGAGGUGGUCCAGUGGUUGGGGUUGGUUGAACACAGAGUGGCAGGAUAGUCCAGGUGAAUGGACAUCAACAAUCAUAGCAGUAAAUAAUAAUAAUAAUAAUAAUAAUAUGCCAUUUAGCAGACGCUUUUAUCCAAAGCGACUUACAGUCAUGCGUGCAUACAUUUUUACGUAUGGGUGGUCCCGGGGAUCUAAAUGUCCAAUCCAAACCAGAAUCAAAACAACAAAAUAGAUUUAAAAGUGGUUUUCAAUAUUAUAAAAAUAUGUCAAUGAAACAAGUAUCUUGUUGACAGACUUUAUGUAAGAUUAGGUUCUGGGUGCUGAGAUUAGUGUCAAAUAAAUUCUUAGUUGUUUAUAGGAGAGCUUGCAUUAUAGUCAUGUUUGGUGUGUUUAUACACGGGAAACUGUCGAGCGUGAAAAACCCAGCAGCGUUGCAGUUCUUGACACACUCAAACCGGUGCGCCUGGCACCUACUACCAUACCCUGUUCAAAGGCACUUAAAUAUUUUGUCUUGCCCAUUCACCCUCUGAAUGGCACACAUACACAAUCCAUGUCUCAGUUGUCUCAAGGCUUAAAAAUCCUUCUUUAACCUGUCUCCUCCCCUUCAUCUACACUGAUUUGAAGUGGAUUUAACAAGUGACAUCAAAUAGCACUGCUGGGUGAUUUGAUGUCAUAGUCAUUCGAUCAAUAAUUUAAUAAUAGUCUUAGCAAAGGUGUUUAUCUUUCAUUUACAAUCUGUAGAAACUAUGAGAAUGGAAAGGUUCAGAACUUUUGUGAAACAUCACAGCACAGUGGGAAAAAAAUAUGGCAGCUAGAAAUCAAAACUGGAUGGUCUUCAGAGAUAAAUGGGAGGGGUUGAGGGGAGCUGAAGGGUGGGACUAAAAAUAAUGAGAUAACUAAAGUAAAAUAUAUUGUCCGUGAAAUGUAUAUAGUAUGUAUAAGCUGGAAGUGGGAGCCUAAGUAUUAUUGUCCAUUAGUUUACUCUAGUUAGGGGAGGGGUGGUAGGGUUAGGGGAAAAAUAAUGAAGAUGGAAAAUAUAUAUAUAAAAAUAUACAGUACCAGUCAAAAGUUUUAGAACACCUACUCAUUCCGAGGUUUUUCUUUAUUUUUACUAUUUUUUACACUGUAGAAUAAUAGUGAAGACAUCAAAACUAUGAAAUAACACAUAUGGAAUCAUGUAGUAACCAAAAGCCUUGAAGUUUGGUAGCCACCCUAUUGCCUUGAUGACAGCUUUGCACACUGGAACUAGCCCGAACCAUGAAAAACAGCCCCAAACAGUGCCACCAAACUUUACAGUUAGCACCAUGCAUUCUCCUGGCAUCCGCCAAACCAAGUGACAUCAAUAAGGGAUCAUAGCGUUCACCUGGUUAGUCUGUCAUCGGUGUUCCUAAUGUUUUGUACACUCAGUGUAUGUUUUUUUUGUUUUUCUUCUUCUAGGUAGUGGACAAGUCAGGGCAGUGGUGGAGAGUCCGUAAUGAACGUGGUGAGGAGGGUCAUGUUGCCAAGAAUGUUCUGGAGCCACUGGAUGGAGGAGAACCCUGGGAUGAGGGCCAGGAGGUGCGCUCCCCUCCAUCACUCAACAUGCAGUCCAGCCCUGCAGAUGUGAAAGCAUGGCUGGAGUACAAGUCCUUCUCCAAAAUGUAAGACAUCACAUGCACACCAUUUUUUUUUUUUUAAACCACAGACCGACAAGCUACUGAGGGAGAAGCAAGAUAUGGUGUUUUCUCCUUACAUUAAAACUAGCACUGUCAAACUAGUCUCAGCGAGCAGGGGCAUGAUACGGACUAGAACACGUCUACAGACCGGAGGUGGAGGAACACUGCUAAACAAAGUUUCACUGCUAUGGAUGACCGAGGUUGAGACGUUCGAUUUGUUCAUGAAGGCUUUAUAACGGCUCUGUGUUGUCACACUAGAACUGUUCGUAGCCUGGCCGUGCUGAACGGUGCCCUACUCCUGGGGAUGUCCAGAGAUGAGAUGAGGACGGUGUGUCCAGAGGAGGGAGGAAGAGUGUUCUUUCAGCUGCAGGCUAUCAAGUCGUCCAUAGCCGUGAGUGAUAGUAGCAUACACACGCACACAGAAAUACGACACUGAUCGAGCAAGCUGAAGUUAUAGCUAUCUAAGGGUUUGGGUUAAUUCCGGGUCAAUUCUACUAGACAACUCCCAAGAUUAAUGAAAUGCAGUCUGUGAGGUGGAGAUAAAUGACAACCUUUCCUUUUCCCUCUUGUCGUCUGCAGCUUGCCAGUGAAUCCAACGACUACGGCCCUUAUAACGGUCGUUAG